CGGGGCGCCAUGAUGAUGCCAUGCGUGUCCAAAGCCUUUUGGCAACCUGUAUACCAGUCAGUGCAGUACCGAGGUGCAGUACAGCGAAGCAGUCAAGCCUCUGUAAAAGUAUUAUCAUAUCAGAAAGAUGUCUGCUCGUGAAAGGAAAUUCUUUGUUGGAGGCAACUGGAAAAUGAACGGGGACACAGCCUCAAUCAAUGGCAUCAUUGAGUUUAUGAAACCAGAAAACUUAUCAGAUGACUCAGAGGUGGUAGUUUCUCCUCCGACAUGCUACCUGCAAUACGUGAGACAGAAAUUACCAGUGUCCAUUGGUGUGGCUGCACAGAAUUGCUACAAGGCUGAGAAGGGCGCUUUCACUGGAGAAGUGAGCCCAUUGAUGCUCAAAGAUAUUGGAGUGAACUGGGUCAUUUUGGGUCAUUCGGAGAGAAGAAACAUUUUCGGAGAGAGCGAUGAGCUGGUUGGGGAGAAGGUUGGAUUUGCCCUGUCCAAGGGAAUGAGGGUCAUUGCUUGUAUUGGAGAGCUCCUCUCAGAGAGGGAGGCUGGCAAAACAGAGGCAGUGGUCGCCAGACAACUUAAAGCUAUCGCUGAUAAUGUGUCUAACUGGAGUGAUGUCGUGGUAGCGUAUGAGCCUGUGUGGGCCAUUGGGACGGGAAAGACGGCCACCCCUGAGCAAGCCCAGGAGGUGCACGCCUCCCUCAGAAAGACUCUCUCCUCCAUUUCAUCGCAGAUAGGUGCACAGACCAGGAUCAUCUAUGGAGGUUCUGUGAAUGCUGGUAACUGCAGAAGCCUUGCUGCCAUGUCAGACAUUGACGGCUUUCUUGUAGGCGGAGCUUCGCUCAAACCAGACUUUGUCACCAUAGUCAACGCUCAAGACUAAGAAUUAGAAGAUUAUUAAUGUUUGCUGUCAUGUAGAAUCUGUGCGAGGGACAUGUCAAAGGUUUUGGUCCCCACUCACUUUUAAAUGUCAACUUGUCAUAAUUAAACCGCAGUUGCAAAUCUGCUACAUUGUACAUAGUCAUUAUUGCUGAUGUCACAUUAUUUGAGGUCAAAGUUUGUUGUUUUGCUGAUAA